AUGGCUCCUUCUUUGACUGAGACUACGACGGACUUGUUGCGCACUGCGCCCAUCGCGACUCUCAAGACCGAUGGCGGUUUUAAUAAGGAGAACGUCAUCGGCUACGGGGACGCCUACAAGCACGAAAACGAAAUUCAGGGCACGGCGAAGCAGCCUCCUGCUAAAUAUCCCCACUACCUUCCUGUAUGGGACAAUGAGACAGAAAGAUACCCACCGCUUGAACCCUUCGAGCACUAUGACCAUGGAAAGGACGCCGAUCCAAGCUUUCCAGACCUCUUACCCAAAGACAAAGCCGUCGUUGACGAGCUAAGCCCGUCGAUUGGCAGCGAGGUACAUGGUGUCCAGCUGAGCCAACUUACCAAGGAAGGCAAAGACCAGCUGGCGCUCUAUGUUGCCCAGAGGAAGGUUGUCGCCUUCCGCGACCAGGACUUUGCGUCCAUCCCUAUCGACAAGGCUCUAGAAUUCGGUCGCUACUUUGGCCCACAACAUAUUCAUCAAACGUCUGGUGCCCCCAAGGGCUUUCCGGAAAUCCACCUGGUGCACCGAGGCGCCGACGACCAAACUGGACAAAAACUGCUGUCAGCACGCACCAACUCGAUCACCUGGCACUCCGAUGUUACUUUUGAAAGGCAGCCGCCAGGCACAACCUUCCUAUAUCUACUGGACGGCCCGACCACCGGCGGUGACACGCUCUUCGCCAACACGGCCAAAGCCUACCGUCGGCUGUCGCCCGAAUUCCGGAAGAGGCUGCACGGCCUGCGUGCGGUGCAUUCGGGUUUCGAACAGGCCAAUAACAGUCUGAACAAUGGCGGCAUCUCCCGUCGUGAUCCCAUCACCACUGAGCAUCCGAUUGUGCGAACUCACCCUGUAACUGGCGAGAAAGCGAUCUACGUCAACCCGCAGUUCACCCGAUACAUCGUCGGCUACAAGAAGGAGGAAUCCGAUUUCCUCCUGAAGUUCCUCUACGACCAUAUUGCUCUGUCGCAAGAUCUGCAAACCCGCAUCCGCUGGAGACCCAACACCGUCGUUGUCUGGGACAACCGAGUGGCGGCCCACAGCGCCCUCUUCGACUGGGAAGAUGGCCAAAGACGCCAUCUGGGACGGGUCACGCCCCAGGCGGAAGCUCCGUAUGAGACGCCCUUUGAGGGUGAAUAA